AUAAGGAGACCUUUUUUGUCGCGGUGCAACAUGGCUUUUCAUGCUAGUUUAUUCAAAUUGAAGUGAUGGCUUCUAUUUAUAACCAUGGCAACCCCACCAGAAGAAGAAGAAGAAGAAGAAGAAGAAGAAGAGAGGAGGAGGAGGAGGAGGAGAGAAAGAAAAAGGAAGUAGAUAGGAGAAAAUGGGCAACAGCCUUCGAUGUUGCUUGGCUUGCGUCCUCCCGUGCGGCGCCCUCGACGUCGUUCGGAUCGUCCAUUUGAACGGCCAAGUCGAGGAGUACAGCCGUCCAGUCCCCGCCGGGGAAAUCCUGGCAGCCAACCCCGACCACAUAAUAACCAAACCGUGCUUGCAAGGAGUCAACCAUAAGAUCUUGAUCGUGUCGCCUGGCUCCGACCUUAAGCGAGGUCACAUUUAUUUCCUUAUUCCGGAGUCAUCGCUUACAGAAAAGAAGAAGAAGAAGAAGAGGAAGCAUCCCCAGAGAAGCACGGCCAUGUUUGAAGUAUCAGAUCAGGACUACUUCCUAAAGGAGGUUCCUUCCGAAAAGAAGUCCGGCCACCGUCGGAGGAGGAGCGGUCGUGUUGGCGUAUGGCGGCCGCACCUCGCGAGCAUAUCAGAAGACCCAUGAAGAUCCCGAGAGGCCGGAAUCUCACAUCAGGGGGGUACCUUGGAGAGCCGGAUUCCACGGAUUGACAUUAUUUGCUGGUCUCUAAGUUGGGAUUGCACGGAUGUGAUCUCUCUUUUUUUUUCCUCCUCCCACUUCAUGGAAAUGAGUGGAAGUUGUGGGACCUUGUGUAUUUUAUGAAGAUCGAUCAUUUCUUGGAGAAGAGGGCUUAGAUUGACGCACUAGAAGAAAGUGCAAUAAACCGUUUGUAAUCAUAUGGGGAUUGGUACUUUAAUACCCACCAAGUUGUAUAAAGAAAUGAAAGCGUUUUCUUUCGUAUGCAGGUCGA